CUGUACGGUGGCGCUUUCCCGCAUCCCAAACCGAACAGCCGCUUAACUGGAAAAACCCUAAACCCUUGCGCCAUCUUUCAUGGGCGGUUGGUCCGCAUAAACCUUUGACGUCCACCGUUCUCCACCCUGCGGCAACACCUCUUUCGAAUCUUUUCUUCAGUUUCCCGAAAUAUUUUUGAAGGAACCUAUAGAUAUUUCAAGUACUGAACAAGAAUGGCGACUUCAAUAGCUUCGCAGUUACAGGCACUCAAGUCAGUGGUAAAAGUCGACACUGAGCCGCCCAAGAAACCCUUUACUCGACCUUCUAUUCUAUUUAAUCCCAAAGAUGCUGCGGACAUCGACAUCGACACCAUUUUUAGCCUUGCUCUCUCCGGUUUGGAGAUUCUAAUUAGUAAAGAAGAGAGGUUUCGGAACUACAAGAGUACAUUAUUCGGUCACAAGAGUAGGGAGUUGGACAGGGAGCUAAUGGGUAUUGACAAAAAUAAUCAAAUUAAUAAUGACAUUUCUUCAUAUUUGAGGUUAUUGUCUGACCAUUUUGAAUUGGUCGCUGCUCGAAGGACACUUGAGUACUUGAUACGUAGAUACAAGAUUCAUAUCUACAACGCAGAAGAACUGAUUUUAUGCACUUUGCCGUACCAUGAUACCCAUGAGUUUGUUCGAAUUUUGCAAUUAAUUGAUACAGGAAAUGGUAGAUGGAACUUUCUGGAUGGUGUCAAAGCAUCAGGUGCACCACCACCUAGGAAGGUUAUUGUGCAACAGUGCAUGCGGGAUCUGGGCGUUUUGGAUGCCAUUUCUGAAUAUGCAAGGCCAAAGAAGAUUCAACCAAAGAUUGCUGCUGAUUUUUGUACCGCAAUUAUGAUGGAGGUUCUGGGCUCAUUGCCAGCUGUUAACAGUGAUGCUCUGAGGAUAAUUCUUCAAUAUGUUCUUUCUAGACUUGAAUCCAGUCCCAAAGAGAAACUGCAACAGAAGGCAGGGGCACUGAUGAUUGUUGGUUUACUGGCCCAAAAAGUGGCAUUAGCUCGUGAACCUCGUAGAGCGUUGAUUCGCUUGGUCGUUGUUGUUGCUCAAGACUGUGCAAAACAGGCAAAUGAUUUGCAAUGGGUUCGCAUGUCAUUGAUGGCGUUGAUUAAUAUCAUUCAGUUGCAAAGUCUGAAGGAGAUUCCCAGGAACAGUGUUGAUAUCCUUGUAAAAAUCAGAUGUAUUUCAGAGGUUCUUGGUGGACUGACUGAGGAGUUCAAUAUUGACAAGUUCCUGACUGUUUUCCUGGACUCCCUUCUUCAGUACAGUUCUGAGUACAGUUUUGCUGACCAGAACUACCAUUGCACUUUGAUUUCAUUAUUGGAGUCCAUUCCUUUGAAAUUCCAUGUUGAUCAUGUGGUCUCCAAACUGCUGGAAGUAUGCUCAACUAUAUCCAAAAAGAUGGAUCAGUCAAAUGUUUCGGAAUCAGUGGGAAGCCAACCUAAGGAAAUUCUAGUUUCUCUAUAUAAAAAAUAUCCCAUGGAGCUACGCCAAGCUAUUCACAAGAUUCUUCAGGAUACUGAAGUGCAAUCUGGAAAAGAUGGAUCAAAACAUGAAAUCCUUUCCAGGAUUUUAGAUGGAGAUGGUGAUUUCUCAUUAGAAUUUCCUGAUUCAAAAACUUGGUUUGCGCUCGAACAUCCAAAGGCCGAGGUACGCCGUUCUGCAGUGUUGGGGUUGGAUGCAGGUGGAAUUCUGAGAUAUAAGGCUGUUAAUUCGAAGAUGUUCGACAUUGUUCAAGAUGCAGUACUGCGUCGACUUCAAGAUGAUGAUCUGGCUGUUAUUCAAGCAGCUUUAAAUGUGCAGAGUCUAGAUCACAUGAUAAGUCCUUCAAUUCUUCUUGGCACCAUCCAGAGUGUGCUUAGUAGAUGCGUUAAAAUUUUGUUGAUGGGUGCAUCUAAUGAAGCAUCUAUAGCCAGUGAAGUUGCUGUGUCAUGCUUGCAGCUAGCAAUCACAAGUUUUAAAGAUCAAGAUGAAUACAUGAAACCUCUAGCAACAAUGAUUUUUCCUCUAGUUCUUAUCCUACCAAAGACACAAAGAGUGAAUUUGAAAGCUUUGGAACUAGCCAAGGGAUUGAAGUGGCCUUUCUAUAGGAAUCUAAUCGGUCUUUCCUCGUCAAAGGAGAAAUUUGGACUUGAGCGUAUAUCUUCAGUAAAUUUGGAUAAUAUCGGCAAGUUAGCAGAAAAUUUUCGGAUGCACCAUGAAGAGUUGAUACCUUGGCUUUUGGAAUGCUCCAGUAGAUUCCAGCUAUCAAAAACAUUGCUCUUUUUAAUCCUUUUGCAAUCAUUUAUGGUUCCAAAACUAGAUUUUGCUCAGUUUUCUGCAUUAUAUGAUGCCUUGUUUCCAAUCCUUCAACAUGAGUGGGAAAUGUUGGAAUCAACUGGGAAUGUUGCUUUUGCAGAAGCGUCCAAUUUAAGAAUGCUAGAUGGGGAUUGCAGAAUGUUUGUCGAGCGUCUAUUUGACAGCAGCGUCAAUGAGUUGGCUUCUGAGAUCCUAGUUUGUUUAUUUUGGAGAUUGGUGGAGGCAUUUGUUACUGCAGCACCUGACGCUGAUAAAAAUGCAAUAUGGUUAUGCAAGCUUAAGAACCUUUAUGUAUUCUUUGCAUCUCAGUCAAGUCAACUUUUCAAGAAGCACCUUACUCACCUUGUCACCAAGUGCAAAUCCUCGUUGUCUGAGUUUCUCCCAAAGUUGUUCACUGAAGAAGGGGUUUCUUCACGAGUCCAAGUUGAGAGUCUUCAUUCCUUCGUGCAUCUUUCUUCUCAGUCAGAUGAGAAUUUAGGAAUUCAAGUGCUUGCUGAAUUUCCUUCUGUUCUUGUCCCUCUGGCUAGUAAUGAUCAGGAUGUAAGGAUGGCCGCCAUUAGUUGCAUUGAAGGAUUAUUUACAGUGUGGUCACGUGUUAACCCCUCUGGAUGUAAAAAUGGAAACAGUGCUGUUUGGGUUUACUUUCUUGGGGAGUUCUUCAGCCUGGUGGUUCAGCAGAAGAAGCUAAUAUUAUCAGACCAGAAUGUUCUUCCAUCUAUUUUCAAGUCUUUGUUCAGCUCCUCUACUGAUAACCUUUUAGUGCAACCGAAUAUUGGAAAGAGGUUUGAUGCGUCGACAAAGGGUGACUUCUUGGUUUUCUUGUUAGGCUCGGCAUUAGGGCUUCCUGCCUUUGCAAAGGUUGGAUAA